AUGCAAGGAGGAAUCAAAUCAGUCUUCUCGAACGGGAGUGUAAUAAUAAAAAAUGCCGUUCUUCGCCAUGUUCGGGUGGGCCCACCAGCAGCCGUGAGGGCUUUAAUGUUUGCACGCCAAGAAUCGACCUCUACUGCUGGCAUUGAAGAACACGGUUUCGAAAGCACCACAAUUUCUGAUGUUCUGAAAGCAAAAGGGAAAGGUGCAGAUGGGUCUUGGCUCUGGUGCACGACCGAUGACUCUGUGUAUGAUGCCGUGCAAUCGAUGACUCAGCACAAUGUUGGAGCUCUGGUGGUGGUUAAACCGGGGGAGGAAAAUUCGAUUGCAGGAAUUAUCACUGAAAGAGAUUAUCUCAGAAAAAUAAUUGUCCAGGGAAGAUCAUCCAAGUCAACGAAAGUUGGGGACAUUAUGACUGAAGAGAACAAACUUAUUACUGUCAAACCGGACACGAAAGUCUUGAAAGCGAUGCAGCUUAUGACUGAUAACCGUAUCAGGCAUAUUCCUGUCAUUAACAAAGGGGAGAUGAUUGGGAUGGUUUCGAUUGGUGAUGUGGUGCGUGCAGUCGUGAGUGAGCAUCGUGAUGAACUGAACCGUCUAAAUGCUUUCAUCCAAGGAGGUUACUAA